CCCACACUCCCUUCUUGCCCGUCUGCCCCUGCCGCUGGGGGUGUGCAAAUUGCUGCUUCCUCUUGCUCGGCCUGCCCCGCAGCCGUUUCGGCUCGAGAGCGAGUUGGGCGGCGCAGACCCGCCCAGCGGUGUGCCCCAGCCUCCCAGCUCCGCGGUCCACCAUGGCCCGCCCUGUCGCCGUGAUGAUGCUCGUGGGCCGCGCCUCGGCGUACGUGCACGGCCCGGGGGCGCGCGCACCCGUGCCGCAGCCACGCGCCGCCGUGCCCGCCGAGGCCGUGCUGGAACCCCUGGGCGCCGAGGCCGAAACGGCAUCUUGGGCGGCGUGGGCCGCGCCGCUGCUGGGCGCCGGCGCGGCGCUCGGCCUCGUGAUGUCGGUCGCCGCCGCCCCGGCGAAGGCCAUCACCGCGGAGCAGUUCAGCCAGCUCACCUACUCCCAGGUCCGGGGCUCGGGCCUCGCGAACCGCUGCCCCACGGUCGACCAGGUGGGCACCGAGGUCCGCGUCGAGAAGGGCAGCAGGAUGAAGAACUUCUGCCUGGAGCCGAAGUCCUUCGCCGUCGAGGCCGAGACGGACAAGGGCAAGGAGUUUGUCACCACCAAGCUGACGACGAGGCAGACGUACACGAUCGCGUUCGUCGAGGGCUCGCUGAGCCCCAACCCCAUCACCUUCAAGGAGGAGGACGGCAUGGACUUCCAGGCGACGACCGUGAAGCUGCCGGACGGCGAAUACGUGCCCUUCCUGUUCUCCUGCAAGUCGCUGGUCGCAAAGGGCGAGGGCAGCUCGUUCAAGCCUGGCUACACCUGGGGCGGUGAGUUCAUGGUGCCGUCCUACCGCACGGGCGGCUUCCUGGACCCCAAGGGCCGCGGCAUGUACCUCGGCUACGACCAGGCUGUGGCCCUUCCAGCGCUGCAGGCCGACGGCAAGGAGGGCCAGGAGGAGCUGUUCAAGGAGACCAACAAGGUGUUCGACGUUGGCAAGGGCGCCAUCGAGAUGGAGGUGAACAAGGUGAACCAGGAUCUUGGCGAGAUUGGUGGCGUCUUCGUCUCCAAGCAGCCGUCCGACACAGAUAUGGGUGCCAAGGCACCGAAGACGAUCUUGCUGAAGGGCGUGUUCUACGGCAAGGUGGUCUGAUCCCGAAGCUGACGAUUUCUCCCAGAGGAUGUCGGCGACGGUCUGCGCGCUUUCGACGUGAGCUUCUCAACUCCACUGAUGUCUUCAUCCUACUUAGUUUUCCCAUGACUUUAGCAGCGAGUGCUCUCGCAGAGCCCGCUGUAGCCCCACGAGUUUUUUCUAAGCUUGUGCUCCUGUGGGUACACGGUCUUGUUUCCAAGGAGGCACGAGGGAAACAACAUGCCAAUACACGCC